GCCGGCUGGUCGCAGUGGGCCGGGUUUGACGCAGCGUUGUUGCAGGAGCCGGAGCCUGUGCCUGUGCGGGCGGCGCGCGACAUGGCGGCCGCCGAGCCGGCAGGCGGCGGCGAGUUCGUGGAGGGCUGGCUCGUGGCGCAGGUGCUGGGCGAGGGCGCCUACGGAGAGGUGCGGCUGCUGGUGAACAGCGGCAGCGGCGCCUGCGUGGCGCUGAAGACGGUCCGAGCGCCGCCCGACAGCGACGCGCUGGCCGCGGCGGCGCGCGAGGCGGCGCUGCACCGCGCGCUGCGCCACCCGCACGUGCUGCGCUGUCUGGGCGCCCGCGCCGCGCCGCCGCACCACUACAUGUUCCUCGAGUACGCACAGGGAGGAGAGUUGUUCGACCGCAUCGAGCCGGACCGGGGUAUGUGCGCAACGCUGGCGCGUCGCUACUGGCGCCAGAUCCUCAGGGGGCUGAGCUACUUGCACUCCCGAGGGGUGGCACAUAGAGACCUCAAACCGGAAAACGUUUUGCUUGAUGACAGGGACCAGGUGAAGAUCUCGGACCUGGGUCUGGCGACGCUGUUCCGGCGCGGGUCUCGCGAGCGGCUGCUGGGCCGCGUGUGCGGCACGCUGCCGUACGCCGCGCCCGAGGUGCUGCGCGCCGCGCGCGCGCCCUACCGCGCGCCGCCCGCCGACCUGUGGGCCGCGGCGCUGCUGCUGCUGGCCAUGCUCGCCGGAGAGCUACCCUGGGAGCGCGCACAUCCCUCCGACGAGCGCUUCUCAUGUUGGAGCUCCGGAGCGAGUGACGGAGGCCCGUGGCGGAAACUGUCCGGCGGAGCUCGCUCGCUGCUCGCCUCCGCCUUACACCUCGACGCCAACAAGCGCGCCACGCUCGACGACCUGCUGCAGCAUCCCUGGAUGAGCGAGCGCGACGAGCUGCCCGAGAGGACCACGGAGUCGCGCACGUGGUGCUCGCAGCCGGCGGCCCGGCCCCCGGCGGCCGCGCUCGACGAGACGGACGGCGCGGUGGCGCUGCUCGUGCACUCGCAGCCCGCCGCGCCGCGCGACCUGCUGCUGUCGCAGGCCACGCAGGGCGGCGGCGGCGUGGUGGCGCGGCUCGUGCGGCGCAUGACGCGCGUGUGGCUGCGCGGGGACGAGCGCGGCGCGCUGCUCGCGCUCACGGCGGCGCUGGACGCGCGCGGCAUGGCGUGGCGCCGCCUGCCGCAGUCGCCGCACCUGCUCGCGGUCGAGUGCGGCGGCGACGUGCGCAUGCGCGCGUGGGCCGUGCGCGCGCGGCCGGCGGACGGCGAGCGGGUCGCCGGGCUCACGCUGCUGGAGUUCCGGCGCUCGCGCGGCUGCGGGCUCGCCUUCAAGCGCCGCUUCCUGCAGCUGCGCGCCGCGCUCGCCGCGCACGCCGCGCCGCCGCCCGCCGACCCCGCCGCCGACCUGGUGGCGCCGCCGCUCCACCCCCACCCCGAGCCCAUGGACGCCGACCCCUGA